AUGUCUUCAUCUUCAAUCCCCCACCCACUCUGUCCGUUGACGGGCGACGAGAUCCAGGCAAGCGCGCGCUUGAUUGAGAGCGUUUGGCCACAAUCGGUUUCCCUAUCUUUUAAGGUUAUAACACUGAGCGAGCCACCCAAAGAGAAGCUCGCGCCUUAUCUGGAAGCUUUUGACAAUGGAAAAUCCCCUUCCCCACUAGAUCGUCGGGUUUUCGUUGCGUAUUACAUUCGAACAACGGACAUCUUCCAUGAGGCUGUCGUGAAUUUGACCACGGGGAGAAUCGAGAGUAACGUCAAGCUUGGGCCUAACGUUCAUGGCAAUGUUGAUUACGAUGAGGCUCAGAGGGUCGAGAAGCUUGCUCUUGAAGAUCCGAAGGUGCUGGCCGAGCUCGAAAAGCUGAAGCUGCCGGAGGGAACAGUCGUAUGUGCUGAUCCUUGGAUCUACGGAUCUAAUGGUAUUGACGAUGACGUACGCAUGUAUCAGGUGUUUCUCUACAUGCGAGACCCUGCGAACUCAAGCGAAGCCGAUUCAAAUCACUAUGCGUUCCCUUUGCCCGUCUCCCCAGUUAUUGAGUGUGUUCACUACAAGGUCAUCCGAAUUGAUGUCUUGCCCACAGGCGUCGAUAACACCAUCAAGCCUUUAGAGCCCUAUCAACCGAAGCCGGCGAAUGAGUACAUCCCGGAGGCUCAAGAGUUGCGGAAGGACCUUAAGCCGCUGCACGUCAGUCAACCGGAGGGACCCAGCUUUUCUGUGACGCCGGUAGGUGAGACCGGAAAUGUUAUCUCUUGGCAGAAGUGGAACUUCUUUGUUGGCUUCAAUCAGCGUGAGGGAAUGGUCUUGUAUAACGUCAAGUACGACAACCGCCCACUCUUCUACAGACUAUCACUCUCAGAUAUGAGUGUUCCAUACGGUGACCCGCGUCAUCCCUUCCACAAGAAAUCAGCAUUCGACCUGGGCGAUGCUGGCGCGGGUGCUACAGCCAAUAAUCUCAAGCUUGGCUGUGAUUGCCUAGGCAGCAUCCAAUAUCUCAGCGGUGUCAUCUGCGACGAUCGAGGCAUGCCCCUACCAAUGGAGAAUGUCAUCUGCAUUCACGAGCAAGACGCCGGUAUCGGAUGGAAGCACACCAACUACAGAACUGGAAGAGCUGCUAUCGUCAGGUCGCGUGAACUAGUCCUGCAGUCAAUCAUCACUGUUUCCAACUAUGAGUACAUCCUCAUGUUUAUCUUCAACCAAGCUGGAGAUGUCACGUAUGAAGUGCGGGCUACCGGUAUUCUCUCGACACAGCCUAUUGACCACGAGUUGGACAAGACUGGAUCGCCAUUUGGCACGGUUGUGCAUCCUGGCGUCUUGGCGGGUAAUCAUCAGCAUAUCUUCUCACUGCGAGUAGAUCCCAUGAUCGACGGCCAUACAAACCAGCUGGUGUGCAGCGAGGCCCAUAAAAUACCCCGAGAUCCCCACCGGAACCCGCACGGUACAGGUUACGAAGUCGUAGAAAAGACCGUUGACACAACAGCUGGUCUCGAUAUUGACUAUGACCUUAGUCAAGUGUACAAGAUCACCAAUCCUAAUUCCCUCAACCCAAUCAACGGAAAGCCCGUGGGUUACAAGAUUAUGGCUCCGCCAUUCCAGAAGCUCAUGGCCGACGAAGACAGCAUCAACCACAAGCGUGCCGAGUUCGCAGACCAUAACAUCUACGUCACCACCCACCGCGAUCGUGAACUCUACGCCGGAGGUUGGUGGACGAAUCAAUCGCGUGGAGGCACAGGCGUGAGGAGCUGGGCACAGAGAAGCGAGACCCUGACUUCAGAGUCUGAUAUUGUGCUGUGGGUUCAGUUUGGCAUCAACCAUAUACCACGCAUUGAAGAUUUCCCUGUCAUGCCAGUCGAGAUCUUGAAGGUGCAUCUCAAGCCUGUCAACUUCUUUACCAAAAAUCCUGCCCUGGAUGUUCCACCAAGUGAGCAGAGCGUCAACCAGAGUACUCUGAUUGAGACCAAAGCAGAUGCAGGCGAGACUGAUUGUGAUUGCCAAACGUCUGCUCCCUCCAAGCUUUAG